CCUGCCUCUUUUCUUUUGGUGAUCUUUGGCUUGUUAAAUUCCCUUGAUUCUAGAAGAGUAUUUUGCCAGAAUACGAUCUCUUACCAUCUCGAUUCAACAAGCCUUCCACACUUGACGAGUCAAAACCCGAUUCAAGUUAAUUCUAAAUGAGGCUCUCGAUUCUGACUCCAUCGCCGGUGUAACAUGAUAGUCAACAGUAUCUUGUAGACACGUUUAGUGUCAACCCUAGACCACGCGAUGACAACAAUGCCAUCAAACCCCUCGCUCCAGAAUCCAGCACCGGGACACACAACAACGCCACCAUCUAAAUCCUCGCCAAGUGAAUCCGAAAAACUUACUCAUUCGCCAUUUACAACGCCGCCCUUCUCUGCCUCAGUCAGCCAACGUUCAAUCCCAAUAAGCGAAGAUGCCAUCUCCAAUCUCUCCGUCGCCCGCCUAAACGGCAUAACCAAACACCUCUGGAUCGCUGGUCGACCUCAAGCUUCUUCCCUCCAUAAAUCACCAUUGCAUCGCUUGAAAGCAACAGGGUCCGAGUUUGUAAUAUACGAGCAGGCGGAUCUGCAUUUGUUAUGGAGAAAUGGAAUGAUAUAUUUAAAGCCCUUGCCGAGAUUUUUACUAAAUUAUGAGUUUUGGCGAGAUGAACUUUGCGAUGAUGGGAAGAAAGAUUGGGAUAAGGAUCGUGUUGGUUAGUUCCUUCUCGCUUCUUCUACAUCAAGGAGACAUUGACAUAUAUGGGAUGAAAUAUUGACAUGACACUCUACAGAGAUAUAUAUGGGAGCUUUGGGUCUGUUAUACUCCUACACAUGGCUAAUCCGAUGGGAAUCCGACCUCUCAAUCGCUCAAUCACACAACCUCGUACCUAAAGAACUAGACUUCGAAACCUGGAUGGAAAUCCGAUCCUCCUUCCACUCAACAUUCAAACGUGCCUCACUCCCCUAUCCCUGGUUGAGGUGGCGUUACGACUGGUCCGAACUACGCCUAAAUCGUAUAAACCUGAUCUGGAGAUUACGUCCUAACAGCGCCACACUUUCAGGUUCGUCUCAUCCUCACAUUCCUUUCCACCUACAAAAGAGAAUACUUACCUCACUCAAGAUAGGAUUCGAGGCUACUCAAACUCCUACCGAAUCUACAGCUCCUUCCUCGCCCAAAACUUCUCCUCCAUGAUCAUAAUCUUCGUCUACGUAACUGUAAUUCUUACUGCCAUGCAACUCGGUCUUGCGACUUCCCAGUUGGAAGGAAGUCCCCAUUUUCAGACAGCAUGUGUUGUCUUCGCCGUGUUUUGUAUUUUGAUACCUGUUUUGGUUCUGGCGCUUGUUAUUGUGUUGCUGGGCUUGCUUUUCGCGUUCAAUUGGGCCAUGACGAAGCGGCAUUUGAAAGGCGUUGCUAGAAGGGGAGGAGAAGCAGACUAAAGACUUGGAGGCGAUAUGAAUGUGGCCUAUCUAGAGAAAGGCCGAAAUUGAAGGAUACAG